GAGGGAGACGCUCUGCCGGCCAGGUCCGUUUGCUGGUUGAUGUGGUGGCCUCCUGUGCGGCUGGUCUUUAAAGAGAGGGAUGGAGCGGCUAGAUGAGCUGGAGCACCCUCUUCUGGGAGAAAAUCCCAACAACAGCCGGGCAGCAGGGCCGCGGCCGGCGCCGGGGCCGGGUCAGGGUCAGGGUCAGGGUCAGGGUCCGGUGACGGGUCAGGCCCCGGGCGGGAUGUUCAGGGGCGUCUUGGUGAAGUGUGAGGAGGACCGUGCCUACCCCCCCUUAGCGUGGAGCAACUACUGCGGACAUCCUCCUGAGCUCCAGCAGCAGCAGUUCUUGGACCCGUGCUCCUUGCCUCGCACGCUGGAGUCCUACUACCCGGCGGGGCCCCUCUGGGGCCACACGGACUCCCUGCUCAGCAAAGACUACCUGGAGACCACCUUCGUGGACAUCCGGCCCGGCUCCACGCUGGAGAGGAAGCUGCUGGCCGAGACGCAGGACUUCCACAGCGUCUCCUACAGCAUGGACGACGAGGACGACCUGCUGCCGGACUCCGACGACUCUUCCAUUGAUGACUUCAGUGAUACAGACAGCGAGAGCAACUUCCCCCUGAUGAUCCCUCAGGACUACCUGGGUCUGGCCUUUUUCUCCAUGCUCUGCUGCUUCUGGCCCCUGGGCAUCGCCGCCUUCUACCUUUCACAGAAGACCAACAAGGCUUCGGCUCAGGGGGAUUUUCAGGGGGCGAACGCGGCGUCUCGUCAGGCGCUGUGGCUCUCCGUGCUGUCCAUCGUCUUCGGGAUCAUCACGUACAUUUGCGCCAUCGCUGCACUGAUUUCCUACCUGUCUGGAAAGCCACCCUAAGAGCCCCCCCCUACUCCCACCCCACCCACUCUCUCUCUCUCCAACUCCUGCACAAUAAACAGACUCGUCACACGUCUUCACGUCACACGUUUCACCUGUAUGAUAAUCACAGUGUUCGUCCAUCGACCCGUCUCAACGUCUGUCUCGUCUGUUCCAGCUGGAAGGAGCA